AUGCUCCUCGCCUCCUCCGGCCAAAUGGCGGCGCUCCGCCCGCCGCCGCGCCUCCUCCUCCUCCCGCCCCGCCCGGCCGCCCUGCCGCUCCGGCGCCGGCCCGGCCUGCUCGCCUCCUCGGCGAGGCGGCGUGGCGGCGCUGACCGCGUCUGCGUGCCCCGGUGCGCGGGCGCCACCCCCCCUCCGCAAACCUCCGCCGGCGGCUCCGCGGUUAGUCCCCCUGUACAAAUCCCGGCUCGCAGAAAGUGCUCUCCGUUUCUUGAUAGUGCUCUAUUGCCUGGUGGAAAUGAAUUGGCUGUGCAUGAGUGGAAGGCCGUUCCAGAUAUUUGGAGGACAGCAGCAGAAAAAUAUGCUGACCGUGUAGCUCUGGUGGACCCUUAUCAUGAUCCUCCGUCUGAAUUGACUUAUAAGCAGCUUGAACAACAAAUAUUGGAUUUCUCUCAUGGUCUGCGGGUUGUUGGUGUUGCUCCAGAUGAAAAGAUAGCCCUUUUUGCUGACAACUCAUGUCGGUGGCUAGUAGCAGAUCAAGGAAUCAUGGCUACUGGUGCUAUCAAUGUUGUUAGAGGAACAAAAUCUUCCGAUGAAGAACUGUUCCAAAUAUACAGUCACUCAGAAAGUAUUGCACUUGUUGUGGACAGUCCUCAAUUCUUUAACCGGCUUGCAGAAUCUUUCAUUUCAAGGAUUAAUGCAAGAUUCAUUGUGCUACUUUGGGGUGAUAAAUCAUCCCUAAAUAGUAAAGCUGUGAUGGACAUACCAGUUUAUGACUACAAUGAUAUCACUGAACUUGGACGAGAAAAUCGCAAUGCAUUAUGCUACUCAAGCGAGCUAUCCGAGCAAGGUCAGCAAGGCGUCUUCGAAGCUAUUGGUCCAGAAGACGUUGCGACCCUAAUAUAUACUAGCGGAACAGGUGGCACACCAAAAGGCGUGAUGCUUACACACCGAAAUCUCUUGCAUCAGAUAAAUAACUUAUGGGAUAUUGUUCCAGCAGUACCUGGUGAUAGGUUCCUAAGCAUGCUUCCACCCUGGCAUGCAUACGAGCGUUCUACUGAGUACUUCAUCUUCACUCAUGGAAUUCAACAAGUUUACACUACUGUGAAGCACCUGAAGGCAGAUUUGCAGCUCCACCAACCCCAUUAUAUUAUCUCUGUACCACUGGUCUAUGAAACUCUGCACAGUUCGAUUCAGAGGCAGAUAUCUGCUAGUUCUCCUGCUCGAAAAACUGUUGCCCUUGCACUUAUCAAGAUAAGUUUGCUAUUUAUGGAGGCAAAGAAAAUAUAUGAGGGAACAGUCUUAUCAAACAGUCCUGUCAAGCAAUCAUUCAUUUUCUACAUGUUCAAUUAUCUACGGGCAAGAAUCGUCGCUGCUCUUUUGUGGCCUUUACAUAAUCUGGCAAAGAUGUUAGUCUACAAGAAAAUCCAUUCUUCCAUCGGAAUUUCGAAGGCUGGUAUUAGUGGUGGAGGAAGUCUUCCGAUGCAUGUUGACAAGUUUUUUGAGGCUAUUGGUAUCAAAGUGCAAAAUGGCUACGGUCUAACAGAGACUUCCCCUGUUGUAGCUGCUAGACGGCCAUUCUGUAACGUUCUUGGCACAGUUGGCCACCCAAUAAAGCAUACAGAAAUCAAGAUCGUGGACAUAGAGACCGGUGAGGUGCUCCCAGAUGGUUCAAAGGGGAUUGUGAAGAUUAAAGGACUGCCAGUAAUGAAGGGAUAUUAUAAGAAUCCAUCUGCUACAAAUAAAGCUUUGGAUCUAGAAGGUUGGUUCAACACUGGAGAUAUAGGUUGGAUUGCACCUCACCAUGCCACAGGUCCUAGUCGAAAGUGUGGAGGGAUGCUUGUUCUUGAAGGGCGUGCAAAGGAUACAAUAGUUCUCACUACAGGAGAAAAUGUUGAACCUGCUGAGCUUGAGGAAGCAGCAAGCAGAAGUAGCUUGAUUGAUCAGAUAAUGGUUAUUGGCCAGGAUCGGCGGCGCCUCGGUGCUAUUAUUGUUCCCAACAAUGACGAAGUCGUGGCAGCAGCAAAAAGAAAGUCUAGCCUUGAUGGGAACAACGGGCUAGCCAAAGAUAUGGUCAUGAGCUUGUUAUAUGCUGAGCUGAAAACUUGGAUGGCUGGUUGCUCAUUCCAGAUUGGCCCUAUUCUUGUUGUCGACGAACCAUUUACGAUUGAUAAUGGUUUGAUGACACCAACCAUGAAAAUAAGAAGGGACAAAGUGGCGGCCAAGUAUCAGAGUGAGAUUGAAGCCUUGUACAAGUGA